AUGGUUGCCACCAAGUGCAAAGGAACCGACAAUCGACCCCCUCCGCCCUUUACCAAUGAACAAGCCGUCUUUUCCUUCUUUGGCAGCUUUGUGCUGCUGACGUUGCCGGCCGGUAUUGGCCACUCGUUGGUGACUAGCUAUGGCAGCAACUACCUGUUGCUGAUGCCACCAUUUGGAGCCUUUAUCUGUCUGCAAUUCGGUUUGACCCAAGCCCCGGCAGCUCAACCAAGGAGCUGUCUCUUGGGACAGCUGCUUUCUGUCAGCAUUGCCUUGAUUAUAUCUGUGAUUCCAUUGCUUCCCGUUUGGUUCAAGCAAGUGUUGGGUACAUCUCUGGCGAUUGGCGCCAUGACUCGUUGCGGAAUCACCCAUCCUCCCGCCGGUGCUUCUGCCUUUUUGUUUUCAUCUGGCACCUAUGGCAUGACUCAUUUCGUGCUCCUCCUGGCGGGUAAUGUCCUGGCCAUUAUUGUUGGUUCCAUCAUCAACAAUACUUCUGAAAAACGGCAGUACCCAACUUACAUUGCCAUGGGCUGCAAUCCAAAGGAUGCCUAUGAGUACUUGAAACGAGAUUAG